AUGUCUGGCGUCGCCUACACCGGUGAUGCUGCGUGCGGCGCUGUGUAUAUAUGCGAGGUGUUGUUGCCUCUCAAAGACCCCCAGCAGCAUGUGCUCUCUCCUGAGCGCACUUCUCCAUCUUGCCACACGCCUACUGGCUCGUCGAACGGUGAGAGUGUGACUGCAGUAGACGUAGACUACGUCUCGUAUAAGCAGGAGUCGUAUCAAUUUAAUGGAAGUUACUUGCUUCAGCUUCCCCGUCCGCCGCUCACCGUUACUGCCGACAACGCUCGUGUGACGCCGCCUGCGGUCAGCAAGCUUUCCAGCAACACUCCUCCUCUACAGGCUAUGAAGACCCGAACUCCUGAUAAGUCACUGCCUGUCGAAGAAGAACCAGAAGACGAUGUCGCAACACCUAACAAAGUUGACAGCUAUACCCAUGGGAAUGACUCUCAUGAGGAGGAUAACGACUCUCUCAUCGACGGCGACCAUGACUUCCCCAUCGGCGGCAGCGGAGACCAUGACGGAGAAACAUAA